GAGGGUAUAAUGCACGCUGUUUGAUUAAUAUUGAAUGAUGGCGGUAUCGUCUCACGAGUUGGCAGAAGACCAAGAGGCCAAGGAUGAACCUCGACGCCGGUUGUAGGGUGAGAUGCAGGGCGGCGGCCUGUAUGAUUACGGCGGUGUUGUUGCUUCGCGCAGUUGCUACCAGCAACUUGGGACGAAAUAAGAUAAGCCGCAGUGCAGUCCACAGUGCAGUGCAGGCAGUCCGCAGGGGGGGGGCGAUAUCAGGAAGUGGACGACGGGCGAGUCAAGCGUCAAGGAACGACGAUAUGCGGGGGGGGGGUUCAUGCCUGCGGUCAAGGAUGUCGUCGCUUCAGGCGGGUGGCCGUGGAGUAAUUAUUGGGAGGGGGGGUGCUGAGCACCAAAGAGACAUAUGUUCGUCCCAUUGGGUCGACCCAGGGCCAUCUUCUCAGGCAGAUGAUGGAUGAUGGAUGAUGGAUGGGCAUGUGACUCAAAGUUGUCGUUGGUAUGGAUCGGCUGGCCAUGGGUGCAAGUCGACGACGCGUUCCAAGGAUGUGAGCCAAAUGAGGCCACAUGCC